AUGUGUUGGAAUAUUAGAGGGCUUAAGCAGGAGAAUAAAAUAACAGCAAUCAGGAAUGCCAUAUGGAAGAAUAACAUCACUCUUUGCUCAAUUUUAGAAUCAAAAAAGGAAAAUGUUGAUGAUAAUCUGAUAAGAGCUCUUUGGGGAAAUGUCAGAUGUAACUAUCCAUAUCAACCUUCAUUUGGUGCUUCUGGAGGCAUUACUAUUAUGUGGAAGGAGGGUGUUCUGCAUAUGGAAGAUCAUCUUAUGGGUGCUUUUUCUCUGUCAAUUAAGUUUAGAAAUUCUUCUGAUAAUUUUUUUUGGUUGUUCACAGCUGUAUAUGCAGCUUCAGAUGCGGGUGAGUAUAGACAAUGCUGGCAAGAGUUGUCAGACAUUAGAAUUCUUUUUGAGGAACCAUGGCUUUUGGGAGGGUAUUUUAAUGUUAUUUUAGCACAAGCUGAAAGAAACCUUCCUGGAGGUAACAUAAGCAAUAGAAGAUUUUUCAAGAAGUUUGUCAAUCAGCAUGAGCUAGUUGAUUUGCCUAUGACAAGAGGUCUAAAACAGCUCAUAAAGAUUUGGAAGAGAUCUUUGGGAAACUUGCACACUCAAUUGGAUCAGCUUGAAGAGAUGAUAGAUUCUUGGGAUAUGCAGGAAAAAGAUAACAAUGUUUUAUCUACUCCAGAUGUGGUUGCUAGAGAAGAUGCAAAGUCUAAGCAUGAUGCAAUCUCUCUUAAUUUAGCUAGGAAGUGGGAACAGAGGGCUAAAGAAAAUUGGGCUAAGGAAGCUGAGAAGAAUUCAAGAUAUCUUCACCAAAUAGCCUCUUAUAAGUUCAUUUGCAAUAAUAUAAAUUGUUUGGUUAUUGAUGGGGAUAUUUCCUAUGAUAAAUCAAAAAUUGCUGAGGAAGCUGUGAGUUUUUAUACUUCUAUUUUUUCUGAAGAGCAUUUGUGA